AUGACGGGUCCGAUCCACACCUACGGUCCAAGCUGCUUGCUGGUAGAUGAGCAUGAUCGGGCCGAUUUUCAAGAUUCUUCACCACCAGAGAUCCGAUCGCAGUUUUUUUACAUCUCAGCGUUGCCGAUCGAUGAUCCACUAGCUCCUCUGCCGCCCCCUGCAAACCAGGCAACCGGCGUGGAGAGACUUCCGCCCAAGCCAUUCUCAGCCAGGGACAAUAUUGCCUUGGAAGAAGCUUGGAGCGAUCUGAGAGAAAGAAGCAAGACUCGGAACGCAGAGAGCAGCAAACCUACUCCAACUGCAUCGAGUCAACCUCACGGGAUCGCUGUGCCGGGUCAUGACUCGGAAUUGAAUGUUCGACCGCGUCGCAAGACACCCAGUCGACAAGACCACUCCCUGGUGGAAAGCAGAGGUAGCACUUUGAGUAAUCCCUCUUCAGUCCUGGACGAGCUGCCUUCUCGCAGCCACAAGAGCGGCGUCACUUUUACCCCCAGUACUGCUGCCCCAACGCGGGCACAGGAAACCGGCAACGAUGAACCUGAAGGCUUCUCAUCAGACGAUGGGGCAAGGCAUGACGACUCUACGGGUAUUAGUGUAGACCGAAAAAGAGCCCGUUCUUCAUCCAUCAACGAGUCCAGCGCAGCCAAGCGAAGGAGCAGCUCAUUGUUGGAGGCAGAGCAUAUCGAUGAAGGCGGCGAGAUGGGAAGUUUGCAAGAACAUCAGUCUCGUGGUGCAAGUAUGAGUGGAUCUCCAUUCAUACGAGCUCCGGUAUCCCAGUCCCAUACGCCUCUUGGUCGAUCGUUCGAGUCAACCUCUUCGAGGGAAGGGGGCCAAGAAUGGCAGGCUGAUGUGCGAGCCAGUGCCCCGAGGAGUGCACCAAAGCCCUCGAACCUGAGAAAAACUCUCAGCCUGGAUCAACUAACCCAGGACUCACAACCAGAUCGAACAGAAGAGCCAAACACACAGUCAAAAAUCCCGGUCGGCGUUUCCCGGCUGCAUCUGGUUGAAUUGCCAAAUCUAAAGAUGAAACCAAUUUACUGGAGUCCUCUGCAAGACAUAUCUAACGUUGUCCGAGCUACUUGGUUUUACAAAAAUACGAUGUUCCCCGUCGAAACGGAGAUGGCGAACAGAUUGGAAGAGGGAUAUCUCGAGUUGAAGCCUUGGACCGAUACCUGGCAAGAUGAAUUGAACAGCUGUGUGGAUAACGGUGCCGAUGCCGAGAUGAAGAUUGUCCACCCACUGUGGGCCAAACCACCUGCCGCUACCGGUCGACCUACAACCGCGCAAGAUGAUCCGAGUGGUGAUACCGCAUUAGGUGACACAGAAGAAUCCAUCAAGUUUGAUAAAAGCCAGGCUGCCGGUGGCACUGCCUUUCAAACCGAGAGUAUUAAGCCAUAUCUGACUUCCAGCGCCAUCUACAUCAACGCAACUGAUGCCCAGGUGCUACGACCCAGCUUACUGCCCUCGGCCUCACGAGGGCGACGACCUCUGGGUGCGAUAAGAAAGGGUCGACAGAUAGGAACCCCCGUGGUCCGAGGCUUCAGUAGGAAGCUAUGGGAGCAAAUUCACCCAUCCAAGGCCAACCCCAUCGAUGUUCGCCACUAUAUCCGCAAGACACAAUCAAGAGAUUCUGCAGUUCCCGGAGGACAGGUUUGUUAUGCCUGCAAGAUGGAAGAGUCGCGUCCACCCCCAACAGACCUUGUUCUGGUCAUCCAUGGGAUCGGGCAAAAGCUUUCAGAAAGAAUGGAAAGUUUCCAUUUCACCCACGCCAUCAAUGCCUUCAGGCGAGAGGUCAACAUGGAGCUGAAUAACGAACCUGUGUGGCCACAUGUACGCGAGGAUCAUGGAGGAAUCAUGGUUCUUCCUGUCAACUGGCGCACCAAGCUAUCUCUAGAUGACCCAGAUGUCGAGUCCGGCAUUGAAGAUCCAGCCAACAACCACUUCUCUCUUGACGAUAUCACGCCUCAGACUCUACCAGCUAUUCGAUCAUUGAUCAGCGAUGUCAUGCUUGAUAUCCCCUACUAUCUAUCACACCACAAGCCGAAGAUGGUCAAGGCCGUCAUACGGGAAGCAAAUCGUGUGUAUCGUCUUUGGUGCAAGAACAACCCAGGAUUCCAAGAAAACGGCCGGGUACAUCUCAUUGCGCAUUCACUGGGCAGCGUCAUGGCGGUAGAUAUCCUCAGCCAACAACCAACACACGUUCCUCACUUCAAUUUCUCCGACAUUCCUUUGCAUAGCGACAUAUUUGAAUUCGACACUAGACACCUGUUCCUAUGUGGAAGUCCGGCCGGGUUCUUCCUGCUUCUGAACAAGGCUAGCCUGCUCCCUCGGAAAGGCAGAAGCAAGCCAGGAAGCGACGGUGAUGAUCUCCUCCGGGGUGUCGCCGGGGAAGCCGGACAAUACGGCUGUCUUGCCGUGGACAAUCUGUACAAUAUAAUGCACACAACCGACCCUAUCGCCUACCGCGUCAACGCAGCAGUCGACUCCGAACUCUCCAACACCCUCAAGAUGGGCACAAUCCCCAGUUCAACCUCGACAUUCUGGCAAUCAUUCGGUAGCGUCUUCCGAUGGAGCUCCACGCCCUCAACAUUCAUGGCUUCUGCCCCCACCCGCCCCGCAGCCAUCUCCAAGCUGCCAUCCAACGUCGAGCUCGAAACUCAUGACUUUACCCGUGAGGAAAUAGCUGAGAAACGCAUGCUUCUCCUGAACGAUAAUGGGCAAAUCGAUUACUACCUUUCUGGUGGUGGUGGCCCGCUGAAUAUCCAAUAUCUCAACAUGUUGAGUGCACACAGCAGUUACUGGACGCUGGGUGAUUUCGUGCGCUUUCUUGUUGUUGAGAUUGCGAGGAAGCAGGGAAGGGAAGGGACAUUGAUUGCCUUCAGGGCGGAGAAGAAGAAAGGAUGGAAAUACUCGAAGGGGUGA